AACUCACUGUAUUCUUGUUUUUUGCUUUUUUUGUUUUGGUGAGGCAAUCGGGGUCACAACAGCUAGAACUCGCUAUACUUUUGACUCCAGAUCGGAUCCUCUCUACCGUGCCACCGAGGUGCCUCUGAUUAACGCUCGUUUUGUUGGGGUUUGUUUGUUUUUACAGUCAUUGGACUGGUAGAUCUGGAAGAAGAUAAGAAGUCCAACAGGCUGAGACAGGGAUGGAACCUGUAGACAGGACGACGCAUCCGAGGUAGCUCCUGCUGUGGGACGAGAACUGCGGCUGUUUGUGGAGAUGCCCUAGCCGUCGGUCCCAGGGAGUGCGGGUCGAAGACGAUUGGACGGUGGGGCGUCAGGACGCCAGUCUCUGUAGGAAGCCGUCGUGAGGGCCUGCUCAGACUCCUUUGAGGCUCCUAGAACACUUCUGUCAAGCAUGGGGGACCAGAAGCAGGAGCAGAGAAGUUCGCCUGGCAAGGACUCUCUGACCCAGAAUUGUGGCCAGAAGAUUGAUGAGUCUUCCAACUUGAGUCCCAGGAAGGAAAAGAAUGACCAUCUGGGGCUGGGAAACUUCAAGAGGGCCUUGUCAUGGAAGAUCAAACCUGAUGUGGAAUCUGGGGACCACGUGGUGGAGAAGAGAACGGUCCUCAGGAGUUCACGUUCCCUCCUCAACUCCUUCCGAAAGGUGGUGGAGAAAGAGGCAGACAGGUCUCAGAAGCCAUCCAGUGGUCCUCAGAUGAGACAGCAGGUGUCCUCUGAAACAGAGGCUCUGAAGGAGGAGGAGUCUGAAGCAGAUUCCUUCAACAAGACACCGCCAGCAAGAACAGGGGACUCCCAGCGAGAGAAACAAAGAACCCCCAGCAAGCUUUGCUCUCCAACCCAGAACCAGAGGGGUAGGAAACUUAGUGCCGACUCCACAAGCUCUUGCCCUGGAAAGGAGGAUGACAGUGUUCUCGGACUGGCCAACUUCAAGAGGGCUUUUUUAAGGAUGAGCAAGAGGGAAGGUAGCCCUGGGGGGCAGGAAGCAGAGGAGAGCGGCUCUCGGCGAAAGAGCUCACGCUUCCUCAGGCCUUUCAGGAAGAAUGAGGAGGAGGUGACCAACCGCCUUCCAAGGCUACUAAAGGGAUCCCAGGGGUCCUCUGAAGAAGAACCCCUAGAGAUCAAAAUGGAAGUGGAGGAAGAAAAGCCAGUGUCUGAUCUCAUUGCUGAACGGCAGCUGCUGAAAGCCUUUUCCCAGCUAUACCAGCGGGAGGCCAGUCUCGUGGAGGACCAGCACUCAGGGAGGUUCAAGGACGAUGUGACAGCCUACGCUCGCCAGGCCAUGGACAUCUGUGUUCAUUAUGAUGUGAUGGCAGCUGAGAUCAGGAACAUCGUAGGUGAGACUCUGAGCCAGCCUAGUGUGGACUCAGAGGCUCUGCUGGGCAUGGCCCAGCUGAUUGAGAAGGAGGAAGAGGUGCACCCGGGGGGUCUGUCUGACAGCGACAUCCUGAGUGCUCCUCGGAAGUGGAGGCUCCUGUGGAAGGAGGCGGUGAAGAAGAGUGCCUUGGAUGAGGUGGGAAAGGUGGGCCAGGGCAUGAGCGAACCUAGCCUGGCCAGCCUCCUUGCCAACCUGGGCAGGGUGGUCAAGAAGGACCUUGUGAAGAUCCGGCGGGAGGUGCAGCCCUGCUACCCAGAGGACUUCCCUGUGUGGAAGACCUACGUGGAUGCUUUCCACGGAGCUGUGUCUGCCCGGCUUCAGGAGCUCUUGCAGGAGGCUCAAGGCUUUGAGCAACUUUAUGUGGUAAUGGACUGGGUAGCUAAUGUCUACUGCAGCAAGGACUUCCUGGGCUCCUUGGACCUGGAGCUAGAUGUGACCACAAUGCCAAAGCUGCUGGCACCUGAGGUAUGGGAAAAGCUAGAAAGUGACUACACCAAGUUCCUGGAGACAAAGAUCAACAGCUGCUUUGACAGCAUUCUGAAGCUGGAACUGGACCGGUGGGCAGAAAGGGAGGGCCCUGCCCUGCUUCAGGGUCUCUACCACUCCCCGAUCUCCAUUGACAUUCACAUGCUGGUUGGGGAGCAUGUGAACACAGCCCGAGCCAUCUCCUUGGGGCUGGAGGCUACCACACUGCAGAUCUUGGAGCAGUCACUGAAUGAAUUCAUCCCCAGGUUUGAGGAGAAGUUCCUGGACUCGGACACUGCAAAGGAUCAGACCCUGUUCCUGCCCUACCUCUGUGCCUACAUCACUGCCUUCCAGGAGCUGAAGACCAACCUACCGGCCAAAUUCCUAAGCAGCUUUAAGAAUGUGGAAACAACCCUGUCCGAGGUGAUUAGCGGGUUCAAAAAGCAAAUGUUGAUCCAUUUACAUCGAGAAACACAGGUCCUAUUCAGGGAUGUGGGCAGCAAGGCGUGGGUGACUUCCGACAAGCUACACCCAAUCAUGGAGAAGACUGUCACCUUUGCCCAGCACCUAAAACACCUGGUCCAGCCCCACAGUCAGGAGUGUCUUCAGGAAAUCCACUGCUAUGUGAUUCGGGAAUACGUAGCCCACGUGCUGAGGCCGCGGGAACGGCUUCGAGGAGCAGAUCGCGUGGCCAGCGCCCAGAAGAUGAGCCAGGAAGCGGAUGCCAUUGACUCCACCUUUCACAGUCUGGGCUCAGAAGCCUCUUGGCUGGGUUUGGUCAUCCCCUGCAUCUCAGAUAUCCUGGGUGAGACCUACAAAGAGGACAUUAGAAAACAUAUCGAAACCCUCAUUAAGGGUUACCCGGACAUCAGGCAGGAGCACGUGGCUGCCAUUUUGGCCCUUAGGAAGCUGGGCCGAAGACGAAACCAGCUUCUCCUUCGCCAUGCCCAGGCCCUGCUGAAGAAGGCACCAAAGACUCUCCCAGGCCAGGGACUCUUUGAGGAGAUCGAUGUACCUGCAUCUGUGGAAGUGCUCCUCACCUGCAUUUAGAAAGCAGCAUGGAUGAGAGGAAAAGCAGGUCCUGUGGGGUCCCUCACUCAGUAUUCUUAAAGAUGAAAGGAUGAGAGAUCUCCUUGGAGUGGAUUCUUCAUGGAGUUGAGGACCCCAGGACUGGGGAAAGGGACAGAGGGAUUCCAGAAAGCACAGAUGUCCCUCCCCCCAACCCCCCAAGAAUAAGGGAAAGGUGUUAGUUCAGCAACCCUGGCCUCCCCUUCUUGACUUCCUUAUCUCUCCAUUCCGAUGUCCCCCUCUACUUCCCCCAGAUAGCAUAUCCAACCAGUCACCAGAUUCCCCUCUCCUGUUCCUAAGCCCCUGGUUCCACCUAUUUCUAAGAAAUUAAGAGAUAAACAUAUUCCCUCUCAAGUGGGAAAGACUAUGUAUGCUUCUUUCCCAAAAAAGGAGUUCAUUCCUUUAAACAGGAGCCAGGGGAGAGCAAUGCUGACCCCAGACAUGGGAAACACAAAUAGCGGAAUUCUAAGAAGACAAAAUACAAUAGAACAUUUUUCAAGUGCCCUCUAUAUAGAGGAAAAACAGAGACCCGGGAGAUAGAAAGUUUAGAUAAAAUCAUGUCCCCACCCUUGUGGUACUCAAUCUAGUACUGAAUUAUAUAUAGACACAGAGAACUACACAGGUAACUAAUUCAAUAUUCAUUAAACCAUGCUGUGAACUCUCCUGAGUACUGGGGGAGAUAAAAAGUUUAGCUAAGAUGAGGUCCUUGACUUUAUGAAGCUCAUAUUCUAGGGAAGAUGCCAUAAGAAGCUAUAAUAUCCAAAAUUACCUGAGUAAUAUUGUUAUGUAUUACAUGCAGUCCAAUAUAGGAAGUUCAGUCCCGACUGGGGUGAAACCAGGGACCUGGGUUGAGACCAGGAGAUUCCUUCCCCUGAAUGUAAGCCGAGCUCUGACAGGGAGGACUAGAAAGAGAACCCCAGUUAGGAUGCCUAUGGGUCCAACCAGUCAUGCUUAAAGCUCCUGGGGCUCAGGAGUUUGGGAGGGGUAGAUAUGAUAUGAAUGUCUGAAUCAUCCAUCCCUCUAGGAAGCAGAGGACUCUUCCCAGUUAUGACAUAGUGACCAACUCCAUGGUGAGCCCACCUUCACAUGCUAAAUGUUCUAUAUUUAUUUUUAAAAAUAAAAUUGUAUUAGAUGAGAA